AUGUCUACUGCCGUCGACAACCUUGCCGAAAACCUCAAGAACGCCAGCCUUGAGGAUACCUCUGCUGCCAACAACGAGAGCGUUCUGGCCUCCGCAGCCGAAGGUCGUCGAUUGUACAUCGGGAAUCUCGCUUAUGCGACCACUGAGGCGGAACUCAAGCAGUUCUUUUCUGGCUACGAUGUCGAGUCAACCUCCAUUCCUGUCAACCCCCGCACCAACCGCCCCGUCGGCUACGCCUUUGUUGAUCUGAAGACUGCUGAAGAGGCGGAAAAGGCCAUCGAGAACCUGUCAGGCAAGGAGAUCCUUGAGCGCAAGGUCUCUGUCCAAGUUGCCCGCAAGCCCGAUCAGGCCGCAACCCCUGAGGGUACCGCCGAAGGUGCUGAGGCUGACCGUAAGAGAGCCGCUGGACGCGGUCGUGGUGGCCGCGGACGUGGCCGAGGUGGUCGUGGCCGUGGAGGUGCAAGGGGCACUGCUGAGGCUGGUGCGCCUGCCACCGAGCUCGCAGAGACCCCCCUGCCCUUGACAGACGUCACUGCUGAAGCCAACAAGGCCGCUCCCGCAGCUGACGCUAAAUCUCGAACUCCUCGUCCCCCCAAGCAACGAGGUCCUCCAGAGGAUGGCAUCCCGUCCACCACCAAGGUCAUGGUUGCCAACUUGCCCUACGACCUUAGCGAGGAAAAGCUCAAGGAACUCUUCGCCGCCUACCAACCCAGCUCUGCCAAGAUUGCUCUGCGUCCGAUCCCACGGUUCAUGGUCAAGAAACUUGCUGCCCGCAACGAGCCUCGCAAGGGCCGUGGCUUCGGCUUCGUCACACUUGCGUCCGAGGAGAUGCAGAAGAAGGCUGUUGAAGAGAUGAAUGGCAAGCAGAUUGAGGGUCGCGAGAUCGCUGUCAAGGUCGCCAUCGAUAGCCCAGGAAAGGAAGAUGGUGCUGAGACGACUGAAAAUGGUACCAACGGCACGACCGAGGAGGUUGCUGCUGCUUAA